AUGCGAAGAGAUAUGAUGAACAUAUAUCCGACAACUCCUUUUGAAAAUAACUCACCUUCUUUAUUAAAUUCGCUAUUUGAAGAAGCUUCUUGCCGAAUGUGUCCUGUCGAAACUGAACUCAGGGUUUAUUUUGACAUGCAUAAAAUGCCGAAAUAUGAUCUUUCUGAUCCUCUCUAUAAGAAACACAACCCAUUAGUCUUUUGGCAUGAUAAUCAAUUAACUCUCCCUUUAAUGGCACAGCAAGCUCGACGGUCAUUGGCUAUUCCGGGAACCUCAGUUUCAUCUGAGCGUUUGUUUUCUGAUGCUGGAAAUGUAGUUACUGAAAAGCGAAACCGCCUCCACCCGAACACAGUUCAUGACUUACUUUUUUUGAAGGAAAAUCAACAUUGCUUUAAUCCUUAUUCCAACUUAAACUAA